UGGACCGGCAUGGGUCAUGGCACGCGAUAAACCAUCCCAAUUGCCUUUUUUUUUCCUUUCUUUUUUUCGCUUUUAUGAUUUAUUAUUAUUAUUAUUUUGGGUGACUUUGGUUUGACACUUGAUUUCCCCUCUCACUCGUUCUUUACCACGCACCCUCCCCCAAAUCCUAAUUCUCGUCCCACAUGAACCACCAAAUGGUAUUAAAAGCCUGAAUCUUCUCCCCGUCUUCCAUUUCCUUCUUUUCCAUCCCGACCACAGUCACAUACACAUAUCUCCCCCUCUGUGUUCGUUUUGUCUGCGCGCAUUGCUCGACUCUCCACCAUGAAUUCCUCCGACCCCACGGAGACGGUCGAGGUUACCAAAGCGACGGCCAACCUGCAUGAUGUCCACCUGGAUGAGAAGAAGCCCGCCUCUAUUGAUAAGGACUUGGCGAUCACGCCGAGUAUAGAAGAGGUCCCGGCCACCAAAGUCGUGGGCGCAACCGCCGGUGAUACCGAUCUCCAGAAGACCUAUCCGACCGACGAGGAAUUGAGAACCCUGCGUCGAGUGUGCGGACAAAUCCCAUGGACCGCAUACACCGUGGCGUUUGUGGAAUUGUGUGAACGAUUCUCCUACUAUGGAACGACGGCCGUUUUCGUCAACUUUAUCCAGCGCCCCAUGCCGGCAGGCUCCUCCACUGGUGCGACCUAUGAUAAUUCACGAGUACCGGGAGCGCUGGACAUGGGCCAACAGGCCUCCACUGGUUUGACCUUGUUCAAUUCCUUUUGGUCCUACAUUAUGCCCAUGGCCGGUGCAUUCCUGGCCGAUCAGUACUGGGGUCGAUUCCGCACGAUCAUGUACUCCAUCGCGGCCGCUUUGCUCGGUCAUUUGAUCCUGGUCAUCUCCGCUAUUCCCAGCGUGAUCUCCCACCCCAACGGCGCGAUCGCGUGUUUUUCCAUCGGUCUGAUCAUCAUGGGUAUGGGAACGGGUGGUUUCAAAUCGAAUAUUUCGCCCCUCAUCGCUGAGCAAUAUCGCGAGGAAUAUCCAUACAUUAAGACCCUUGCCUCAGGGGAGCGAGUGAUUGUGGAUCCCGCCAUCACCGUCCAGCGCAUCUACCUGUACUACUACUUGACUGUCAACAUCGGUUCCAUCACGGGCCAAGUGAGCAUGGUCUAUGCCGAGAGAUAUGUUGGGUUUUGGUUGUCGUACUUCCUGCCAACAUGCCUGUUUCUGUGGUGCCCGACGGUGUUGUUCUUGUGCCGGAACAAGUACUACCGGGUGAAACCACAAGGCUCCGUCUACGGACAGGCGUUCCGGCUCUGGAAGCUGGCGAUGAAGGGGCGGUGGUCGUUGAAUCCGGCGCGGCUGUUCAAACGCAACGACAAGCCAUUCUGGGACGCGGUCAAGCCGAGUGCUCUGGGCCCGAAUCGGCCUCAGUGGAUGACUUUCGACGACGAAUGGGUCGACGAAGUUGCUCGUGGCCUGAAGGCAUGCAAAGUGUUCCUGUGGUACCCUCUCUUCUGGCUCGCCUACAACCAGAUGUUGAACAACUUGACAUCCCAAGCGGCCACUAUGCACCUUGGUGGCGUCCCCAACGAUAUCAUCAAUAACCUCAACCCUCUUUCCCUGAUCAUUUGCAUUCCGAUCUUUGAUCGGGUCAUCUACCCUGGCUUCCGCCGCCUGGGAUUCAACUUUACCCCCAUCAAGAGAAUCACGUGUGGGUUCGUUGUCGCCGGCUGCUCCAUGAUCGCGGCCACGGUGAUCCAACACUACAUUUACGUGAAAGGCCCCUGCGGCAAAGAGGCCAACUACUGUCUCGAUGAAUAUGGAAAGUACUCGCCCAUCUCCGUCUGGACCCAGGCGAUUAUCUACAUCCUCGGUGGUAUCUCGGAGAUCUUUGCCUCCAUCACCUCCCUCGAGUAUGCCUUCACCAAGGCGCCCAAGAACAUGCGGUCGAUCGUACAGGCCGUCGCGCUCUUCAUGAACGCCUUCUCCUCAGCCAUCGGCCAGGCCUUCGUCGGCUUGUCCAAGGAUCCCCUGCUGGUGUAUAACUAUAUGGUGGUGACGAUCCUGGCCUUCAUUGGUGCUAUUGGCUUCUGGUUGAGCAACUACAAGCUGGAUCGGAGGGAAGACGAGUUGAACAACCUGCCGCAGAGCAAAUAUGUCGAAUCGAGUGGCGUGAGUGUGGACGAGGAGACUGCCCGGAAGUAAGCGAACGGACCGGUGCGCCAUAUACCCUGUUACGUGGAGAUGUAAUGUGAUGUUCGUUAUGUAACUUAUUCAGCUAUGUUUGGUGCAUUGACGCCUCUCAACUUUUGAUUAUGAUCAUUCCCCGUAAUCCGUAUUCUUGACCAUGCACAUGUCAAGGGCGCAGGAACCAGCCAUUCUGUCCUGAACAUCGUCCCCAGCUUGCAGGCUUCCUCCAAGGGGAGAGAUUUUUAGUGCGAUGCCGCGUA